AUUUCCGCCUCUCAGACGCUCCUCCCUCCCUGCCAGUCACGAGUUGUCUACAGGGCCCCGCCCCUCUUCCUGCUGAUUGGGCAACUCCUGUCCUCUGAUUGGUUGCCCUUUUCUGGCUCGCCCACCCAACCGGAUAUAGACCCCGGGCUUCCGCUUCUCUUUCCCCUUCCUCCCACUAGUCCUCCGGUAGCGGCCGCCAGCACAGCGUCCGCUGCCCGGGGCGGUUUCGGCGGGUCGGUCGGUUGGGCUCGGCUUCGGGUCGGUGCGGUUGAGUAGCCGUCAUGGCUGAGCUGGAUCCAUUCGGCGCUCCCUCUGGCGCGCCAAGCGGCCCCGCGCUGGGGAAUGGGGUGGCGGGCGCGGGCGAGGAAGACCCGGCCGCGGCCUUCUUGGCGCAGCAGGAGAGCGAGAUUGCGGGCAUCGAGAACGACGAGGCUUUCGCCAUUCUGGACGGCGGUGCCCCCGGGCCACAGGCGCACGGAGAGCCUCCGGGGGGUCCGGAUGGUGUUGAUGGAGUGAUGAAUGGUGAAUACUACCAGGAGAGUAAUGGUCCAACAGACAGUUAUGCAGCUAUUUCAGAAGUGGAUCGAUUGCAAUCAGAGCCUGAAAGUAUCCGUAAAUGGAGAGAAGAGCAAAGGGAACGCUUGGAAGCCCUGGAUGCCAAUUCCCGGAAGCAGGAAGCAGAGUGGAAAGAAAAGGCAAUGAAGGAACUAGAAGAAUGGUAUGCCAGACAGGACGAGCAGCUACAGAAAACAAAAGCAAACAACAGGGCAGCAGAAGAAGCCUUUGUAAACGACAUUGAUGAGUCAUCCCCAGGCACUGAGUGGGAGCGGGUGGCCCAGCUGUGUGACUUUAACCCCAAGUCCAGCAAACAGGCCAAAGAUGUCUCCCGCAUGCGCUCAGUCCUCAUCUCCCUCAAGCAGGCCCCUCUGGUGCACUGAAGAGCCACCCUGUGGAAACACUACAUCUGCAAUAUCUUAAUCCUACUCAGUGAAGCUGUUCACGUAAUUGGAUUAAUUAUGUUGAGUUCUUUUGGACCAAACCUUUUGUCUUUAGAGUUGAUCAUUGUUUGUGAUUGCAUGUUUUCUUCAACUGUGUUCUCCCUGGCAUUCAGAGAGGAGAGGGGAGGAGGAAGAGGAAGGGAGGGAAGCUCCCAACAGUAGCCUCGGCCUUUGCUUUUGUGCAUUAUUCUGAGAAUAAAUUUGUUUCAAACAAUA